CUGAUCUGUUAUUAAUUCGCGUCAAACAUGCGUCAAUUACUAUUAUUCGCAUUCAUCUGUGCUGUUGUCGGUUUGGUGGCUGGUCAUGGAUACUUGAAGGAGCCAAUUGCCAGAACCUCUAUCCAACUUAGAGAACGUGAGUUUGGCACAACUCAACCAUACUGGUGGGAUCAUCAAGGCGUUUGGUGUGCCAAUGUACGCCAGAAUCUUCAGUACUCGACUUGUGGAAGAUGUGGCGAAGCAUUCGGAAACCGAGACGCCAGUCAAGGUGGUCGCUAUGACAAGGGUGUCAUCGUCGCUACGUAUAACGCCGGAUCAAGAAUUCUAGUCGAGACAGAAUUCGGAGCUACACACGGCGGACAGUUCCAUUUGGAAUUGUGUGCACAACAAACGGAAACCGAUAACUGCUUCGUGCCACUUAACAUUGUCAGCGGGAACGUAAUGAUCAGGAACAACACCGCUUGUGUCGAUAACACCCAAAGCCGAAUCAACGUUCAAGUACAGCUUCCAUCAGGAGUGAGAUGUAAUAGAUGCACAAUGAGAUGGACCUACAGAACCUAUUACUUCAGUGAUCCAUGGGAUCCAGCAUGGAGUGAGUUCAACUGCUGGGUAAAUCCAGAUCCAACACAGACCUUCCGAAACUGCGCUGAUAUCAGAAUCGUUUAAGCAGGAAGCGUGUACGUGCAUUAUGGUGUCAAUUAACUGAAAACGAACAUAGCUAAAAUAAACUAAUUUCAAGCAAAA